CAUUCUGACCAAAAUUCUUACAGAUUUCAUUUUGCCCUAAUAAUGAAAGCAGCGAGGUUCAAUGUUUUUACCCAAUUUCGUUUCUUGUUUUUCAAUUCUAAAACUCUAAAUCCCUUAAACCCUAACACAUUCAGAUUCCUCACUGUAGCUGCUGUCUUGCCUUCUCCUGAAAAAUCCCCAGAAGACCAAACUGAAGAAGAACUCAGUAGUACUCCCAAAGACUCAGCAGAUUUGUUUAAGCAAUGGGGUUGCACUGAAGAUGACAUUUCCAAGAUUUUUCAGCGGCGCCCGUCUUUGCAAAGAAUGGAACUCAAACUCCUUGACUCAAAGCUCAAAAUACUGAGUGAGUUAGGUUUACCAUCCUCUGAUCUCACCAGGAUUAUUAAUUGCCGUCCUCGUUUCCUUGAUUGUCGGAUUAAUCGUUGCUUGGAAGAACGCCUUGAGUUUUUCCAGACUUUGUUUGGUACUAAAGAAAUUCUUCUUAAGGCCAUUGUUCGAAAUCCGUCUUUGCUUACUUAUGACUUCCAUAAACAGAUUAAACCAAUUGUUGCAUUUUAUGAACAAUUGGGUCUUAGCAGAAGUGAGUUAGUUUCCAUGCUUUUAGCUCGACCAACUCUGAUACCAAGAACCUCUUUGGAUGAUGAGAAGAUGGAUUAUAUUCAAAGAACCGGUGUGGAAAAGGGCACUACAAUGUAUAAACAUGUGGUUGCGUUGUUUGCUAUUUCGCGGUCCGAGACUAUCCGUCAGAAGGUGGCUAAUUUGGAGAAACAUGGGUUUACUGAAGAUGAAGUCUUUAGGCUUUUUGGAAGGUCUCCAUUUUUGUUAACAUUGUCUGUUGAUAAGGUUCAGAGAAACAUGACUUAUAUAUUGGGUACAAUGAAGCUUUCUGCAAAUUUGGUUCAAGAUAACCCGUGUUUGCUGUUCUUAAAUUUGGAGACUGCCAUAAAGCCAAGGUAUUUAUUAGGGGCAAAGCUAGAUGAUAUGGGUCUGGUUCCUCGAGUGAAAGGUCCUUCAUUGUUAAGAGCAAUGAGGAUGACAGAAAAGCGGUUCAUCAAGGCCUUUAUAAAUUGCCAUCCAGAAGAUGUGGCUCAUGAAUUGAUGGAGUACUAUACAGGAGUUAAACGUGUUAGAAGGUUGGCAGAAUCCUCCAAGAAACAAUUGUACAGAGGAUUUCCCUUUUGAACAUAUGUCCCAACAGAGGCUUUUCCCAUUAUCAUUUGACUCUGUUUGUUAUUGAAACCCUUCAUUUUUCAUUGACAAAAAGUAGAUUAUAUCUGUAUCAUUGACUUGCUGGGGAUGUUUGAUUGUUGUUUUGAUGUAUAGUCAAUACGAAUGAUAUUCUAUUGUGCAAGUGGAUGUUAGCUAAUAAUAUAUGAAUUGGAGUAGAGCUGAAAUUACCUUCUUUAGAAAAAAGAGCUAUUCGAAGCAUACGGACUGCUGCAAGUUUCCCACGUCUCACCAGAUUUGGUCUUCAUGCUCCUAAAUUUCUGCUAUGCUGCUCCUUUGGAAAGUUCUCCAAUAUCUACUAUAAUUUAGUCCCUAAUGGUAGAGGUGGAGUUGGACAAUGAUAGUGUGUACAAUUUGUCCGCUGAGUAUUUGAGAAUAUCUAGCCCAGCUGUUGAUAGUACAAUUAGAUCAGUUGGUGGUGACUGGUGAGAAGGUCAUAUAUGGGAGGCGACACGCGGGGAUCACUUCUUCUGAACCUAUUGGAAUUAUGGGGUGAGGUAAUUGUUCGAUGACUUGCAUAAGACUGGCAUUUUCAUGUGGGACUACCUCUACCAUCUUGGGAGCAACAAACUCACUCUUGUGAGAGAUUACAUUAAAACUCUAAAGAAACAUGGACUUAGCCGGGAUCCUCCCAGAAGAAAGUGAUUGUUAAACACACCAUGAAUAUGCUAAUUGUCAUGGAAAACAUACAGUAUUUAUGGUUAGGAGACAAUCUUCGCAUGUGCACAAAGUGGCAGGACAGAAACCAGCCCCUAACAAAGUGACUAGCUUUUCAUAUAUUGUCAUAUGUGCACUCGAAUUUGUGGCAUUUUAUAAGCAAUGCAUAUUUGAUGUAUCCAAUGAAACUACAAUGCCCAAAAGCAGAAUUCCAGUUGAAACGAAGGAUUCAAUGGAACUUGCAUAUGACAUACAGUGCUUCCAAGUUCAUUCCAUUGCAUGAAUUUUUGCAACUUUUCAAUCUCUGGUUUGUUUGCUGUUACUGUAGUAGUUGCAAGAAAGGAUGCAAACGGGCAGGUUAAGCAACUCUGGACUGCUGAAACAGCAUGAGAUACAAAUGGACAUGGUGUUAUGAUGCCCCAUUGAAGAUGAGGCAUGUAGAUGUUAUGAAGACAAGCUUGAUGGGACGAUAGAGAAAAACAAUGAACAUGGCAAGGAAGAUACUAAUUUCUCUUGGGUCACUAAUUUUAUUUCCAAAUUGUACUAUAACUUCUGAAAUCGAUUAUUGAGAAACAAGAAAGGGGAAUAAAGAAGAUCUGAGAACAAAUUUGGUGAA